AUGGCUUCCUCUAGUCGUAUCAGAGAACUUGCAUCUCGGAUUUCGGAUUAUGCAAUCGAGAUUGAGACACAGUUGUCAAGGGAAAAUCUUGCUCUGCCAACCUUUGAGCCGGUUUCCCCAGUCGAUUUACCUCCUGCAAUUCAUGGAACACAGGUAGCCCUUCUUGAAGCCGCCGAUGAACUUGUAUUGCUUGUACAAGGGCCAAUGCAAUCCUUAAUGCACAUUGUUGGUUAUUCCCAUAAUGCCCGAAAUUCACUUCAUGCAAUCAUCCGCUAUGAUCUUGCUACUGCUGUUCCGAUUGACUCAACUGCAACUUUCGAGGAUAUCGCACUCGCAAGAGGGCUUAAUACUGUCGAUACUACUCGUGUAUUACGUCAUGCAAUGACUUUUCAUGUUUUUGCCGAGAACAGCCCUGGGAUAGUGAGCCAUACUGCAUCGUCACGUUUAAUUUCCGAACGUUCUGAUUUGCGAGCAUGGAUAGCAACUACCCUGGACGAGCUAUUACCGGCGGCGUCGAGAAUGGUAGAUGCAAUGGAAAAAUGGCCGGGUUCUGAGGAGCCAAAUGAGGCUGGAUGGAAUAUUGUGAAUAAUGAAUCCAGACCGAUGUUUGAGGUGCUAGGAAACGACCAGAAGAGGGCAAAAAACUUUGCAGGAUCCAUGACGUUCUUUGAGGCACGACCAGGCAUCGCUGUAAAGUAUUUGGUCGAGGAUAAAGCUUUGGAGUGGGACAGGGUUAAAAGGAUGGUUGAUGUUGGUGGGAGUCAUGGUAAGGUCGCAUUUGCACUGGCUAGGAGGUAUCCCGGUCUAUCUUGUAUAGUGCAAGACCUCGAAAGUGUUGUGAGUGGAGCGCAAGUCCCUGUUGAUUUAGUUGACUCAGUGACGUUCAUGCCUCACAACUUCUUCGAUCCCCAGCCUGUGAUAGAUGCUGAAGUAUAUCUACUGAGGUGGGUAUUGCAUGACUGGUCGGACAAGUAUGCAAUCAAGAUUUUACAAGGUCUGAUACCUGCAAUGAGGACUGGAAUCAAGGUAGUUAUCAACGAGGCAUGUCUACCAGACUUUGGCACGAUGUCACUAUAUGAGCAACGAUUUCUGCGGGCAACAGACAUGACCAUGAAGCAAAUUCAGAAUGCUCGAGAGCGAGAUCAGGAAGACUGGGGAGCAUUAGUAAAAGCUGCAGACAGUAGGUAUAAGCUUCAAAGUAUUUCGCGACCUGAAGGAUCUGAGCUCGCCAUUAUCACUUUAAUAUGGGAAUGA